CUGAAAAAUGGGGUGAGACGUUCCAAGUAUAAGCCAGCUGACUACGACCAGUUACGCGCCUUAACCAAUGCUAGGAAGCUAGCGUCUGCUUCCACAGAGUUGAAGAUCAGAAAAGCCGUGGCGACCUCAAAGGCGGCUAAAGAACAGACGCUGAUCAAACAACACACACAGGUGUGGUGGCAGGAGCAGGAGCGGCUGAAGGGAAUCAGAUGUAAAUUGGAGUCUGAAAUCAAAUCUUGUCUCAAUGAGGAGAGCAUUGGAAGUGAUUGUUUCUGUGAGCUUAUGAAUUUUGAGAAAGAGCUGUCAGAACAGUGGUGCACAUAUCUUAAGGCUGUGGUCUACCCUAUUCAUCAACUGACAAGAGGCCUAAAGAGACAGCGCCACACCUCCAAGCAUGUACCCUGCCAUAAGGGGUUUAACUCAGCAGUGGUUCUGGAAGAGGUUGACUUUGUCAAGCAACAGUCCAAGGCUGCCUUUGGCAGACUUAACGAGGAGCAACGGAAAAUAGAAGAAGACCUUUCGGACUGGAGUGUGACGUUUCUAGACUAUUCUUCAGAAGAGAAGGCUGACCUGCUCCGCAAGCAGCCCAUGGAGUUAGAAACUUUGGAGUGCCCAUACCCCGAUCUGAAGUCGGCAAUCCUUAAUGAGUUCUGUAACUUUACAGAGAAAUACCAAGAGAAACUUGAAGCUCUUGAUCUGCAGUUAGAAGACAUACGCAGAAACUUCCAGCUAAGUGAAGAAGAGCAGUGGAUUUACCAGGCUGUCUUGGAUCAGUAUCCUGGAAAUCUCCUUGGCAGGAGGACUCUGUACUUGGACAUGUUGCAAAGAUAUUUUCCUCACAAAUCUAGGCAUCAUUUGGUAGCGCACGAGAAAUACUGUGACCAGUAUCACUUUGCUAGAGAGCAGAGAAGAGUCCUGCUAGACAGUUGGGACAGGAACAGAAAGGACUUUGUACAGAAAGCCACGCUGACCCUCCUUGAGGCCUGUGCAGCCCAUGAAAUGGAGAACGUGGUGGCCAAGGACAGGAAGCGGCAACAGGAACUGUGUGCUGACCUGAAAGCCAAGGUUUCUCAGUGGCGAGCCCACCAGGAAGAGUUAGCGAGACUGGAAAUGGAAAUUUCAGCUGGAAGAAGAGAAAGGCAAGAGGAGAAAGAGAAGCUGUGGAAGAAGAAGGAAUUGCUGCAAAGGGAGGAGACGAAGGCGAAGAUAAGAAAAUACUGGGCUAAGCAACAGCAGAAGUGGGAAGAGAUGGCAGCGAGAGAUCUCCAGCGCUUAGAAGAACUGAAGAAGUUAAUGGCCGAACAGUCAGUGAAAGACAGAGAAAGGGUUACAUAUAGACAAGACUUAUUGGAGAAGCGUUUGAUGGAAAGAAAAAGAAUGGCCCUUCAAGAAGUUCAGGAAGAAGAAGAGAGAGAGAGGCGGCUGGAAGCUCUUCGAAAACAGGUUGCUAUUGUUGUUCAAUCUGAUCCAGUUAGAAUGAUGUCAGACACACUGGCAUGGAAAGCUAGGAUAGACGCCGAGAGUGAAGAUGAAUUCAUUCUUCAGAAGCCACUCUUCACGUUGACUACAUACAACGAGCAUCAGAUAACUUCUGAUCCUAGACUGCGAUUUGAGUUAGCACUUCGAGAAGCUGGGCUCCAUAAAACACUGUAUGCCAAAGAGAUGCUGCCCAAAAUUGGGCCUCAGAAGCCUCCAAGGAAGGACACAGAAUCAACUGUGUUCAAGGUCUAGAGGGCACAUCC